AUGGGAAUUGUGGACACUAUUCUACCAACAGCGGAUUGGCGAAUCGACCGAUCAGCCAAUUUGGGGGUCGAACUUCUCCUCCUCCUCCUCCUCCUCCUCCUCCUCCUCUUUGCCGUUCUUGGCCUUAUCUUUCCUUUCCGCGUGGUUCAAAGGAAUGACAAGAGUUUGUGCUAUGCGUUGAGGCCGCCGCAAGUGGUCCUCCAUCAGACGAUCGCGUCUCUCUUCGGGCAGUUUGAUGAUCCGCCAGUUUAUCCCUGUCCAACUGUGGCCCCUCACCAGGAUUCCAUCACCAUUUCUGACAAGGAGGAGGAGGGGGCGGAGGGAGAGGGGAACGGGGAGGUGUAG